CCUAGCACUACAGGAAAGGCCAGAUUGUGUUCCACCGCCGGGAUAACCUGGCUUCCCGGUGUCCGCGGACGCCGCUUGCAGCCCCGGCUGGAGCCAGGGCGCCGGUGUCCGGCGCUCUCCCCGGUACUGCACUGAGGGGCGCAAACCGCUCCUGCGACUUCUUUGCGGGCCAGGGCUGAGAAAGAGUCUGUGCCUGAGCACUGGGCUCUGUGCCCAGCGCGAAGUACAGGAUGGAGAGCAAGGCGCUGCUAGCUGUCGCUCUGUGGCUUUGCAUGGAGACCCGGGCCGCCUUUGUGGGUUUGUCUGGCGAUUCCCUCCAUCCACCCAAGCUCAGCACACAGAAAGCCAUCCUUACAAUUUUGGCAAAUACAACCCUUCAGAUUACUUGCAGGGGACAGAGAGACCUGGAUUGGCUUUGGCCCAACAGUGAGCGUGAAUCUGAGGAAAGGGUGUUGGUGACUGAGUGCAGUGACAGUGCCUUCUGCAAGACGCUCACAAUCCCAAAAGUGGUCGGAAAUGACACCGGGGCUUAUAAGUGCUUCUACCGUGACAUCGACAUAACCUCCACUGUUUAUGUCUACGUGCAAGAUUACAGGUCACCAUUCAUCGCCUCUGUCAGCGACCAGCAUGGCAUUGUGUACAUCACUGAGAACAAGAACAAAACUGUGGUGAUUCCGUGCCGAGGGUCGAUUUCAAGCCUCAACGUGUCGCUCUGUGCAAGAUAUCCAGAAAAGAGAUUUGUUCCGGAUGGGGACAGAAUCUCCUGGGACAGUGACAAAGGCUUUACUAUCCCCAGUUACAUGAUCAGCUAUGCCGCCAUGGUCUUCUGUGAGGCAAAGAUUAAUGAGGAAACCUACCAGUCUAUCAUGUACAUAGUUGCAGUUGUAGGCUUUAGGAUUUAUGAUGUGACUCUGAGCCCCUCUCACGGAAUCGAGCUCUCUGCUGGAGAGAAGCUUGUCCUAAACUGUACUGCAAGAACUGAGCUCAACGUGGGCCUUAAUUUCAACUGGCAAUUCCCUUCUUUGAAGCAUCAGCAUAAGAAGAUUGUAAGCCGGGACGUCAAGCCCCUUCCUGGGACUGAGACAAAGAAAUUUCUGAGCACCUUGACAAUAGAGAGUGUGACCCGGAGUGACCAAGGGCUAUACAUCUGUGCAGCGUCCAGCGGACUGAUGACCAAGAGAAACAGCACAUUUGUCCGAGUUCAUACAAAACCUUUUAUUGCUUUUGGUAGCGGGAUGAAAUCUUUGGUGGAAGCCACAGUAGGCAGCCAAGUCCGAAUCCCGGUGAAGUAUAUCAGUUACCCUUCUCCUGAUAUCAAAUGGUACCGAAAUGGAAGACCCAUCGAGUCCAACUAUACAAUGACAGUGGGUGAUGAACUCACAAUCAUGGAAGUGAGCGAAAGAGAUGCAGGGAACUACACGGUCAUCCUCACUAAUCCCAUUACACUGGAGAAGCAGAGCCAUGUGGUCUCUCUGGUUGUGAAUGUCCCACCCCAGAUCGGUGAGAAAGCCUUGAUCUCUCCCAUGGAUUCCUACCAGUAUGGUACCAUGCAAACGCUGACGUGCACGGUCUAUGCCAACCCAGCCCUGCAUCGCAUCCAAUGGUUCUGGCAGCUAGAAGAAGCGUGCUCCUACAAAGCCAGCCAAGCAAACCCAUAUAAUUGUAAAGAGUGGAGACCUGUGGAGGAUUUCCAGGGCGGAAAUAAGAUCGAAGUCACCAAAAACCAAUAUGCCCUUAUAGAAGGAAAAAACAAAACUGUGAGUACUCUGGUCAUCCAAGCUGCCAACGUGUCAGCGCUGUACAAAUGUGAAGCCAUCAACAAAGUGGGACGAGGAGAGAGGGUGAUCUCCUUCCAUGUGAUCAGGGGUCCGGAAAUUACUCUCCAACCUGCUACCCAGCCAACGGAGCAGGAGAGUGUGUCUCUCUUGUGCACUGCAGACAGAAAUACGUUUGAGAACCUUACGUGGUACAAGCUCGGCUCACAGGCAGCAGCAUCGGUCCACACGGACGAACUGCUCAUGCCAGUUUGCAAGAACUUGGAUGCUCCUUGGAAACUGAAUGCCACCAUGUUUUCUAACAGCACAAAUGACAUCUUGAUUGUGGCAUUCCAGAAUGUAUCCAUGCAGGACCAAGGAGACUAUGUCUGCUCAGCUCAAGACAAGAAGACCAAGAAAAGACAUUGCCUAGUCAGGCAGCUCGUUAUCCGAGAGCGCAUGGCACCCACGAUCACAGGAAAUCUGGACAACCAGACAACAACCAUUGGUGAAACCAUCGAAGUCUCGUGCCCGGCAUCUGGAAACCCUACUCCACACAUCACAUGGUUCAAAGACAACGAGACACUCGUGGAAGACUCAGGCAUUGUCCUGAGAGAUGGGAACCGGAACCUGACUAUCCGCAGGGUGAGGAAGGAGGAUGAAGGCCUCUACACCUGCCAGGCCUGCAAUGUCCUUGGAUGUGUAAGAGCGGAGACACUUUUCAUAAUAGAAGGUGCCCAGGAAAAGACCAACUUGGAAGUCAUUAUUCUCGUAGGCACUGCAGUGAUUGCCAUGUUCUUCUGGCUACUUCUUGUCAUCGUUCUGCGGACCGUUAAGCGGGCCAAUGAAGGGGAACUGAAGACAGGCUACUUGUCCAUUGUCAUGGACCCGGACGAGCUGCCCUUGGAUGAGCGCUGUGAGCGCUUGCCUUAUGAUGCCAGCAAGUGGGAGUUCCCCAGGGACCGGCUGAAACUAGGGAAGCCUCUUGGCCGUGGUGCCUUUGGCCAAGUGAUUGAGGCAGAUGCCUUUGGGAUUGACAAGACAGCGACCUGCAAAACUGUGGCCGUCAAGAUGUUGAAAGAAGGAGCAACACACAGUGAGCACCGAGCCCUCAUGUCUGAACUUAAGAUCCUUAUCCACAUUGGCCACCACCUCAAUGUGGUCAACCUUCUGGGUGCCUGCACCAAGCCGGGAGGGCCUCUCAUGGUGAUUGUAGAAUUCUGCAAGUUUGGAAACCUCUCAACUUACUUACGGGGCAAGAGGAGUGAAUUUGUUCCGUAUAAGAGCAAAGGGGCGCGAUUCCGCCAGGGGAAGGACUACGUUGGGGAGCUCUCCGUGGACCUGAAACGCCGCCUGGACAGCAUCACGAGCAGCCAGAGCUCUGCCAGCUCUGGGUUUGUUGAGGAAAAAUCCCUCAGUGAUGUAGAGGAAGAAGAAGCCUCUGAAGACUUGUACAAGGACUUUCUGACCUUGGAGCAUCUCAUCUGUUACAGCUUCCAAGUGGCCAAGGGCAUGGAGUUCUUGGCAUCAAGGAAGUGUAUCCACAGGGACCUGGCGGCACGAAACAUUCUCCUGUCGGAGAAGAAUGUGGUUAAGAUCUGUGACUUCGGCUUGGCCCGGGAUAUUUAUAAAGACCCGGAUUACGUCAGAAAAGGAGAUGCCCGGCUGCCUUUGAAAUGGAUGGCCCCGGAAACAAUUUUUGACAGAGUAUACACAAUUCAGAGUGACGUGUGGUCUUUCGGUGUUUUGCUCUGGGAAAUAUUUUCCUUAGGUGCUUCCCCGUAUCCUGGGGUCAAGAUUGACGAAGAAUUUUGUAGGCGACUGAAAGAAGGAACUAGAAUGAGAGCUCCUGACCAUACCACCCCAGAAAUGUACCAGACCAUGCUGGACUGCUGGCAUGAGGACCCCAACCAGAGGCCCUCGUUUUCGGAGUUGGUGGAACAUUUGGGAAAUCUUCUGCAAGCGAAUGCUCAGCAGGAUGGCAAAGACUACAUUGUUCUUCCAAUGUCAGAGACACUGAGCAUGGAAGAGGAUUCUGGACUCUCCCUGCCUACCUCACCUGUUUCCUGUAUGGAGGAAGAGGAAGUGUGCGACCCUAAAUUCCAUUAUGACAACACAGCAGGAAUCAGUCAUUAUCUGCAGAACAGUAAGCGAAAGAGUCGGCCAGUAAGUGUAAAAACGUUUGAAGAUAUCCCACUGGAAGAACCAGAAGUAAAAGUAAUCCCAGAUGACAGCCAGACGGACAGUGGGAUGGUCCUUGCAUCAGAAGAGCUGAAAACCCUGGAAGACAGGAACAAGCUAUCUCCAUCUUUUGGGGGAAUGCUACCCAGUAAAAGCAGGGAGUCUGUGGCCUCGGAAGGCUCCAACCAGACCAGUGGCUACCAGUCUGGGUAUCACUCAGACGACACCGACACCACCGUGUACUCCAGUGACGAGGCAGGACUUUUAAAGCUGGUGGACGCUGCAGCGCACGCUGACUCGGGGACCACGGUGCGCUCGCCUCCUGUUUAAAAGGAAGUGUCCCUAUCCCACCCCCUAUCCCCCACCUCCUGGAAGUCCUGUGAGAGGUGCCAGCUUAGAUUUUCAAGUGUUGUUCUUUCCACCACCCGGAAGUAGCCACAUUUGAUUUUCAUCUCAGAAGAAUGACCUCAGACCGUAAAGAGCUUAUCCUCAGGGCGUUUCCAGAGAAGAUGCCCGUGACCCAAGAAUGUGUUGACUGUACCCUUCUGGUUUCCAUUCAUUUAAAAAUCAUAUAUAAUGUACCCUGCUGUGGGUCUUACUGCCAGUUAAAACAAAAGACAUUCAAACAGUGGCACUAUCCUCCAAGAAGUAGCCACACCUGGGCAAUGGACGCCUCUGUGAAACUGGGUGAGGUGGGUAAUGUUGGUGCUUUGUGUGUUGAAGAAGGGCGAGACGUCUAAGGGCCGAGUCUACCUAAAAGACUUUGUGGAGGAUGUGAGCCAGGAGCCAAGCGUUGAGUGGGAUGUGGACUGGUAGGAAGGAAGGCGCAAGCUUGCUUGGAGAGCCGCUGGAGCCCUGCAGAUGCAUUGUGUUGGCUCGAGUGGAGGUGGGCAUGUGGCCUGGCAGGAAAUGCAAAGGCUGCCGGGCGAGGUUUCUGCUUUUAGAAGGUUGCGUGCUCUUCGCAGUUGGGCUCCAGGCGAGUUCCCUGUGCUCUUUCCUGCUCCUAAUGAGAGUUCCUUCCGGACUCUUACGUGUCUUCUGGCCUAGGCCCAGGAAGGAAAUGAUGCAGCUUGCUUCUCAUCUUCCCAGGCUGUGCCUUAACACCAACAGAGGACAUUUGCCGAGGCCCCCUUGCCAUGUUGGAGAGCCGAGCUGUGAGUGCAAAUUGCAACUCAGGGGUUCUGCCGGGUGGACACCCGCAUGCCUGCCCUGGUGGCAGUGUCUGAGGCCAAGGGCCGUGGUGGCUGUUGUAGUGAUAGAGGCUCAGACACGAUGCAUCUAUCUGUUUGUUCCUC